AUGCUCAUCUUCGGCGUGCUCCUCUUGCUGUGUGUCCUGGGCUUCCUGGCAGGAUGCACCUAUGCCGUGAUCGUGGUGCCGAGAUGGAGCAGGGAUGGGCUGCACACAAAUGUGAAAGCCUUCAGAUUCCUUCUGUUCCGCUUUCGGCUGGACUCCUGGUGGUUUGGAGUGCUCUUGCUGUUACGGGGUCCGCUGAUGUCGCUCCCGAUCGCGCUGGCGACGGACUAUCCGCCUGUCCAGGUCAUGUCUGUUAUGCUCGUGUUUGUGGUCAUUCUGAUCAUCCAGUCGAAGGCCUGGCCAUGGAAGGUGCCACUUCUGAACGUGCUGGACUGCUUCAUCGGCUUCUGCAUUACAAUGCUUGUGGCUUCGAACUCAUUGUACCUGGGCGCGCUCGAGGGUAGCAUGAAAAACUUCGCCGAUGGAGUGGGUUCGGUAAUCAUGGGCAUGAUGGGAGCAGCCGUGUUCCUGCUCUUCGUGAUGACCGUCUGCGCGUUGACCUUCCGGGCGGCACUUGGCGGGCAGCAGGAGCUCAUCGCCUUCAACCUCCAGAGGACGCCGGCACCCACCCUCGUUGCGGAAUCCUUGCAGUCCAUGUCAGCCCAGCUCGUAGAGAUGGAUCGGGCAGGACUGGUGAAGGCCUUGUCGGCGAUGGGAGUUUACGACAACAAGUUGCUGCUGGCAUCGGUGUCUUUGCUGGGCACAGAGGUCGUCCCGUCCGAUGCCGAUCAGAUGGCAAGGAGGUACUGCUUCCGGAUCGGCUCCAGUUCCUUUGCGCCACCGGCGCCACCCCAGGGCCCCGGCCCUGCGAAGAACGUGCCGACAAAAGCAACAGAGACGGCCAAGGAGACAGAAGAGGGCGACCUGUCUCCAAACAACGUCCGGGCAGAGCCAGAGCUGGCCAACGAAAAGGUUGGUCUUUCAUUGCACCAGGAGACGCAGCAGGCGUUUCUCUGA